UUAGUAAACUUACCUGGCUCUCUGCUGGUUGAUUACCCUCAGAAGGUAUCUUAGCAAGAAUGGAGCCUUAAUACAAGGCUUAGCUACUUGCCAUGCAACUAUAAAAGCCCCUUUCGACCUCUUUGUGUAUUCAUAUUCUCUUCAUAACAACAAUCAAAAGAAAGUCACAAUACUCAAACAGAUAGAGGUGCAUAUUAAACAAUCCGAGUGGCAAGAUGGAUAGAAGAAAGGCAUUCAUUGUAGUAGCCAUUCUUCUAGUUUUCAUCUCUAUGGAAGCUGCCACUGUUCUAGGUCAAGGCAAAGGUAAUGACGAUGGAAACAAAGGAAAGGUCAGUGGAAAUGGAAAUGGAAAUGGCAACGGAAAUGGCAACGGAGAUGACAAAGGAAAAGGCAAGGGAGAUGACAAAGGAAAGGGGAAGGAUAAAGAGGACAAAGGUAAAGGUAAUGACAAAAAGGAUAAAGAUGAUGAUAACAAAUAUGACAAAAAGGAUCCAGUACCAGGGACUGGACAGGAACGAGGGCGAUGCAAAAAUAAAGGUGCAUGUUACAACACGACCCUGACCUGUCCAUCUCAGUGCCCUGAGAGGAAGCCCAAAAAGAACAAGAAGAACAAGGGAUGCUUCAUCAACUGCGGUAGCAAGUGUGAAGCCACUUGCAAAUAUAGGAAACCUAAGUGUGAUGGAUAUGGCUCUCUGUGCUACGAUCCUAGGUUUGUUGGUGGCGAUGGAGUCAUGUUUUACUUCCAUGGAGCAAAGGGAAGCGACUUUGCAGUUGUUUCAGACAGCAAUUUGCAGAUUAAUGCUCACUUCAUUGGCACUCGCCCUGAAGGAAGGACACGGGACUAUACAUGGGUUCAAGCUCUCUCAAUCAUGUUCGACAGCCACACUCUUGUCCUUGCAGCAAAAAGAGUUUCACAGUGGGACGACAAGGUUGAGUCUCUUGCUGUGAGGUGGGACGGGGAGGAAAUUAGCAUCCCCACUGAUGGAGAGGCCGAGUGGAGGAUCGAUAGCGAACAGAGAGAAGUUGUUAUCGAAAGAACUGAUGACACUAACACAGUAAAAGUCACUGUUACUGGACUGGUAGAAAUGGAUGUAAAGGUGACCCCGAUAGGAGAAAAAGAAAACAAGGUCCACAACUACCAGAUACCAUCCAAUGAUGCUUUUGCUCACUUGGAGACACAAUUCAAGUUCUCCAACCUAUCUGAUCUUGUUGAGGGAAUCCUGGGAAAGACUUUCAGGCCAGGCUAUGUCAGCCCUGUAAAGAGAGGAGUGCCCAUGCCACUUAUGGGUGGGGAGGACAAGUACCAAACUCCGUCUCUUUACUCUCCCGUCUGCAAAGUCUGCAGGUUUGAGAGACAAUCUUCUGUUGCUACAAUGUAGUUUUCCUAUAUGCUGAUAACAAUCAUGUUAUCUUCUACAUAAUGUGAAUAAGGGCCACAAAUGUUUGCCCAAGCAUUAUCAUGUAAUCUUACUUAUUGUGUUUUAUUAAAGGGUUCUGAGAAAUGAAUUGAUUUUUUAAUUCA